GAAGCAAAGUUUUUUGGUAUUUAAAAACCCUCGAACGAAAACCAAAACCCAGGGCCAGGGGGUCAGAGCUGCUCAGAAAUUAUCUCUCUCACAUUCACAUUCUGAAUCUCUCUGUUAGUGUUUCUAUGUCCGCUUUAUCUGUAAUUCAGGGAAUGGAAAACAGUACCAAUCAUGAAGACCAAGAAGCCUUGAUGUUCCACUCCUACCCAUGUGCUUACUACGUGCAAAGCCCUUCCACCAUCUCCCAUGCAAACAGCGCUGAUAUCCGCAACAACACCACCAACAUAGAAGAUCAAUCUGCUUUCCAUUUCCACUCCCCCACUCGAUCUGAAGCAACCUUUCUCAACAAGAACCCUGACGUUUCUAGAUUCACCCUUUCGCGUUACUCAUCCUCUCGUGGAUCAAACAACUCCUUUUUGCAUGAGAAAAAGAACAUUGGUGGACUUGGAUCUGAUGAUCAGAAACGAGGCGUCAACCGUCUCAUCAUUAUUGACCAUGGGGUUGGUGAUGAUGAUGAUGAUCAGGUGUCCGAUGAAGAAGAAUGGUCUUACGGGAAGAAAGGAGGGUGGUGGUGGAGGUAUUGUUCUUUUAGAAGGUCUAGUUCUUGCGCCUGGAUUUCUUUACAAAUAUGUUGGAGGCUUGUGUUGAGCUUGGGAGUAGCAUUGCUUGUCUUCUACAUUGCUACAAAACCACCACCUCCUAAGAUUUCUAUUAAGGUGGCAGGAGUUCGCCAAUUCGGACUAGGAGAAGGAGUGGAUGCCUCCGGUGUUACGACCAAGAUUCUGACCUUCAACUGUUCCAUCCACUUGCUCAUAGAAAACAAAUCAAAGCUCUUCGGUCUCCACAUCAACCCUCCAAUGAUGGACAUAUCCUUUGGCCUUCUCCCUUUUGCGAUGUCACAUGGACCAAAACUAUAUGCCCGGAGCUAUGGUUCAUCAAUGUUUGAGUUACACGCUGGAACAAGGAAUAAACCAAUGUAUGGCGCUGGCAGAAGCAUGCAGGACUUGCUAGAUUCGGGAAUGGGAUUGCCUCUAGUGAUUCGUUUGAAACUGAGCUCCAAUUUUCGAGUUGUGUGGAACCUUAUCAAGCCUAGGUUCCACCACCAAGCGGAAUGCUUACUAGUCCUUGAUAGCAAAUAUGAUAAGAAGCACCGAACCCAAAAAUAUAACAGCACCUGCACAAUAACUGCUUCAUAGAUCGAUGUCUGCCUGCAGCAGCUUGAAUAAAAAAAUUAAAAAAAAAGGGGAAAUGGAAGAGAAUAUUAUAACCCUUUUCAGCGUUUUGAACGAUCUUUUGAUAACAAUUAAUAAUUAUA